GUUGCUUUUCUCCCACGACCGCGGAUAGGCCCCAAGCUCUUCCAGUCUCGGCGAAACCCUAACCCCCGUCGAAUUCGCUAGUUUCGUCGAAUGGCGUCGAGUUGCGUGCGAUCCAUGAGCCGCCGCAUCGCUCUGUCUUGCCUCGGGUCACUCGGUGUCAGAUCGAGACCCGUCGCCGCCGCUCCGUGUCCGAUCCGCCGCUUCUCUACCCUCUCCAGGAUUCCUGUCGAGUUGGGGUGCUGCGGCGGCUCCCUGUUCCCGUUGCACAGCGCGGUGGCGGCGGCGAGGCUGACGUCGCGUUUGAGCGCCACCUCCCGCGGCGGCCGGGCUCUCUCACAGGAUCACAUUGAUGGUACAUGAAGCAAAAUUGCUUCAUCCUUUUGCUAUUUUCAAAGAGACGGGUCUUUCGGUCGGAAGGUGAUUCUUGAAGUCUGACCACAGUCGGAGAGUCUUUUACCUGCUCAGGGAGGUGGGGGAGGUGCACAAAUUUGUAGAACUCGGACGUCGAUGAGUUCAAAUUUUACAGAAAAAAGGAUGUUAAAUAAUUGCUGAAUUCAGAGUACCUCAUUUCAUAACUGACCUUCUAUCUUCUUUUGUGCUGUAUUUUUUUUCCCAUCCAUAAUUUUAGUAUGGUAUGCUUACAAAUC